GUUAACAGGCCGCCGCAUGACGUUGGUUGUCACUUGUCGGUCGCCUGAUUGCAGGUGCGCUACUGUGCGUCAGCAAACCCUAUGGGCCAGCCAGCACGAUACUCGGUGAAGUAACCGCGAACCAGCUCUGCGACUCUUGCCCUGACACGACUUGUGGGAUUCGUGGGCCGGGCUUCUUAGCUUGUAGCCAUCACACGCGGGACUACCGUAUGCUUUUCACAACCCUCUGCUCUUGCUUGUAGUAGGAAUUCAACAGUGCGGCGGCGGGCACAGCUGCACCUGGGCCCGCUGUCACACCAGCAUGCCGGUACUAGUAACGCUCGGACCGGGAAAUUAUUUGCGCGCGGGCCGCUCACAGGCGUCACUGACCGCUACCGCAGGGGGGCGGGGUAGAAAGCUCAGGUUCUUACCCCAUGCUGAAUAUCACAGAGCUCUAGGAGAGCAUUAUGCGCGUGCUUUUAGAUUUGUAAGGGGGUGUCUGACCUGCUACAACUGCGGGUGUCAGGAGAUGGCCAUCAAGCGGCUUGGGGGGCUGAAAGAGGGGCAGCGGCCCUGGUCGGUCAAAGUCUGCAACGACUGCUUGACGACCUGGAACCGCGACGUCUCCGCCGCCAACGUGAUCCGUGUGCUCCUCCUGCUGAAGCUGAUGGGCUUCGAGCGGCCGACCAAGCUGCAGCGGCCGCCAUGGCCGCCGGCGGCGGCGGGGCCGGGCUGAGAGCCUGAACGGCGCUAGCAGGGCGUGGGGCUGAGGGUGCACGUGUCGAUUGGCGGCGAGUGACGUGACUAGUUUGUUAGCUGCGGGUUAGCACGGACUGUGCACCACACCCAACCGGCCACGUCCGGAUUUGCGGGGAUGCCAAAGGCCCCCAACAUAGAGCCGUGUGCUUAGUAGGCGCCCGCGUCAAGGUGGCUGGGUUGAUAACGACCCGGGAGGGGAGGGCUCAGCCCUUUUCCUGCCUCCCUAAGGCAGCCACCUCCUUGUUGACACCAACUGAAGCUUUGCAUGGCGUGAUGGCAGAUUAACGUUUGCGCAUGAAAUGGUUAGGCAGGUCGGGGCGGCACUGAUGAACAGCGUCGCAUGAAAGACCUGCAGGCUCCGUUCUGGUGAUCCCCGUGCGUCCUCAACCGCUUUGACCCUCGGAUUUUGGAUUGUCGGCUCGCUCCGGGGCUCAGCCGGGGCUCAGCUGGGGCUCCGGGGCUCAGCCGGGGCUCAGCCGGGGCUCAGCCGGGGCUCAGCCGGGGCUCAGCCGGGGCUCAGCCGGGGCUCAGCCGGGGCUCAGCCAAGAGAGGAAUGCCUGCUACCGUAGUGUGAGAGAUGGCCGCAUGGGGAUUGGCGGAGCGAGCAGGGGAGUGAGGAAGGUCCUGCCCUGUUGGGCUCGCUGUCAUGCGCCAUGACCGUUCUGGCAUAGCUCCGCUGUCGGGCACUCCAUUGAGCGCCAGGGCGCGACGCAACCAAGGGUCGAUGGACCCAAGAUGGGGUUGAGUUGAGUUGCAUAGACCGGAUGCGGUGCCGAGCAGGUGGCGCCCCUGUUUGGCCAUUGAGUCCCAUAAUUGCCCGUUGCGCACCAGGGGAAUCAGUCCCAGCCGCUGACGGGGGCGACCAGGCUCUUGUUGCAACACUUGGUAAGUAGCUAGGGCUGCUGGCAGCUGCUGCGGGGCCUGGGCAGACUGACGCAGAUAAACGGGGCUGUCAAUGCUCCCGUUUAAGAGGCGGCACCGCGGCAGAGGGGUGGACAGAGGCAUGCAUGUCUCAUGGGUUGGGUAUGAGUUGACACAGAUGGAGUGGUAUUCAUUCUGCUAGCUUGCGCUGGCGGCAACUCAACCAGCGAGCCAGGUCGCGGUUGAGUGCUGCAAACCCCCCGGCAAGGCCCAUGCAACACCGCCACGCACGCAGGGGAUGACGAACGAACAGCAAUACCGGCACGCUAGCGGGCACAGGGUCACGAGUGGCACGCCCGGUGCACUCGGGGGCAUAGGUAGCUGCGCCGUUCUGCACACACGACAUCGCCUAACCGUACCCUGGGUUGAGAAUAACCUGACGUUGCGCGCCGCUGUUGUGCACCUGCAGCAGUGUAAACCACAAUGCGCAAGUGCCGGGGGACGUGGGCGGCGGUGUGGGGGCAACGCACAGGUUUAUUUGGGGAGAGGUGCAAGGGCGCGUGCCGGCCUGAGGUCCGGGACUCUGGGACUCCGGAUCGGAGUGGCUGUAAGUGUGCGGCUCAGCAGUCCUUCACCCGGCGCUCCCGGUGCCCUCACUGCUGCAGUGCUGCGUGCCGCAAGGCUGCCUCAGCACGAAGCAGGCUUGAAGGGGCGUGUUGUUGUGUGUGGUUGCAAGGUGGUGAGCACGACGUGCAUUCCUGUCCUUGUGUGUCUGCGGCGGGCGCCAUGCCAGGCAACGUGCGGCUUGGCGUGCAUUCCAAGGACAGCUAGGGCCGCGUUACCGUAUUCUGCACCGCAGAAGACCGCCGGUGGGCACCAGACCUUCCAGGGGCGGGAAGUGACGAGGCUUGUAUGGCGAUGCCCCGCAUCUGAAGGGGUGCAGUUGCGAUACACGGAUGCACGGGAACUCUGUCGUCUGUUGGUGGGCCCCGGUGACGGCAUUGCAACAUCGAGGAGAACACAGGAGGAGUCGCUGACAAACACUGGCCGUUUAGGCGGGGCGCUACUGAUGUGGGCUGGCGGGACAUGGGGGUCGGUCAACAAGAUGUUACAAAUAAAGUGGCGCCCGGCGGGGGCGGUGGCUGAAAUGUGUGACUCGUGAGACAUGGUAUGUGCGAGUAUGCGCGCGUGUUUGCGUUUGGGGAUGGGCUGGGGGCUUCCGGGGUUAUGGUCCCCCGUGGCGUGGCAGGUGCAGCUGGCACGCGGUUGCUCAGCUGGCAGGGAGCUGGCCUGUGCAGGGCCUGCUUGCUCACGUUAUGCGAGGCGUACACCUGACGGCUUGAGUACGCAGCCCAAACUCACCCGUUA